CACAUGGAACAGAAGCUUCAUGGUGUGAUGCAAAGAUACUCUUUAUGUAUUCACAUAUAAGCCUUCCAUGUAUAUAAGGAGCUUCUGUACAUAUGUAAUAAUGUACUUGUAGGUUGAAACAAUAACAUUGUUGUAAAACUAAAAUCACUCAAGAGAUGGGAGAUUACGAGAGUUUGAAGCCUGUAGUGGUGAUGAUAUUGCUUCAGUUCAGUUAUGCAGCAGUAGCUCUGUCUACUAGAGCUGCUCUUCUGGAAGGAAUGAGCCCCAGGGUGUUCGUGGUCUAUCGACAGGCCAUAGCCACACUAGUCAUUACUCCUCUUGCUUUCUUCACAAGGAGCAAAACAAGCAAAAGCGGUUUGGGAUUGAGGAGUUUCUCUUUGAUAUUUUUGGCCUCUCUCAUAGGGGUUACUCUUAACCAGAACGUGUACUUUGAGGGAUUAUACCUCGCCUCAUCCUCCAUGGCAAGUGCAAUGUCGAAUCUGCUCCCUGCUGUCACCUUCGUGAUCACCCUCAUUGUCGGACUGGAGAAAAUAAAAAUUCGAAGCUUGAGAAGCAUUGCCAAGAUAGUCGGGACGGUCUUGUGUGUUGCUGGAGCUAUUGCAAUGGCAUUGCUCAAAGGACCAAAACUACUCAACGCAGAACUACUACCAAACAAAUCGGUUUUAGGCUCUGCAGUUGACAACUACUGGCUCAUAGGCUGUUUCCUGCUUUUUGCUAGCAGUUGUUGCUGGUCAUUCUGGCUGAUUUUGCAGGUACCGGUUUCAGCGAGUUAUCCGGAUCAUCUAUCUUUGUCAGCUUGGAUGUGUUUCAUGGCAACAUUACAAUCAGCAAUAGUAGCAUUGUUUGUAGAAAGGGAUCUGGAAACUUGGAAGAUGGACUCAUAUCUGCAGCUCGCCUGUUGUUUCUUUUCGGGUAUUGUCGGCUCUGGGAUAUCCUUCUAUGCUCAAGCCUGGGUCAUCUCAAAGAGGGGUCCCCUCUUUUCUGCUAUGUUCAACCCUUUGAACACAGUCAUCGUUACCAUCCUGGCCUCUAUAUUCUUGCACGAAGAGAUCUACACAGGAAGUGUUAUAGGAGCUGUAACGGUGAUACUAGGACUAUACACUGUGCUGUGGGGGAAAGCCAAAGACAUCACAGGAAUGAACACUGAGAAACAUCAGAGCACACAAAAUGUUGACUGCAAGAUCGUCUCAGUUAGAAUAGAUGAUUCAGUAGACAAAACAAGGUGCAAGAAUGACCUGGAAGAACCCCUAUUGUUGGAUAAAGCCACGAAAGUCGAUUCAGUAGACGUAUAGCAAGCAUUAGAUUAUCAAGUUAUCAUAAUUCUCUAAUCUAAAGCCUUUUUGUCCA